UAUUAGUCGUGCAUCCUGCAUUAUCGACAAUUUUCUUAUCACAUAUGCAACAACACACUAAAGAUUAUUUUUUUCAAAUAUUUUGCGAUUAAAUUAAAACUUAAUUAACAGGCAUCGAUGAUACAUAUGUAGAUUAAGAUCUUUUCAUUAUUAAUAUAAAUUUAGAUUUUAACACAAUUUUACAAACACUUCGCACAACAAUCGCGCAGCUGCGCUGGCGAGAUUUUUCGCGCCAAUUUCAUAGUUUAUAAUGACGUUUGAUCAUCACACAUGUGUCAACAAUAAAUACACGAUCCAAUCGACAUGAAGUUUAAAUGCAGAAUGGUGGAUGCCGGCUCUAUGCGGGAUUUUACUAGUAUCGUUACUACUAUAUCCCGAAUGGCAAAAUACUGCGUCCUGCGAUUGACACCGGACGAGGUGUGCUUCAACGUUGGCGACGAACGGAUACCUGUGCUCUGGGCCGUGCUCUCUCAGCAAUACUUCUUCACGGAAUAUCUAAUGAGCGGAGUAACACAGGAGGAGAAUGAGAUUUACUUGGAAUUUGAUGCUUCGAUGUUUGCCAGAAGUUUGAACAGUCUCAGAGUGAUGGCGAAAAGUGUAAAGAUUAAAUUGACAAACAAGCGACAGCCUUGUUUGACGUUUGACAUCGAUUUAUCUUCUCUGGCUGUCGAAUCGCGACAAUGUGUGCACGAUGUGCCGGUGAGACUCAUACCGCGCAAAGAAUGGUCGGAGCACAAAAUGCCAGAUAUUCCUGAGUUCGAUAUAUCUGUAGAAGCGCCGCAACUCAAGCGUCUACGACACAUCGUGGAGAGAAUAAAGAAUAUGAGCAACCAAAUAACAUUAAUCGCAAAUAAAACGGGUGCGCUAGUGAUAAAAGCUGAAAUGGACCUUGCUACAGUGUCUACUCAUUUUAAGGAAUUGCAAGUUUGGGAAAGUAAAGAAGAGGAUGCCAAUGAUAUAUCCGCGACUGUAAGCACAAAGAAACUCGCAAUGUUUCUGAGUUGGGAUAUUCUUCAUCCAGACAGUGUCAAGUGUAACAUAUUGGAAAACAAGAUGGUAAAAUUGACUUUGGAUGUUGGAGAGCAUGUUAGAAUGCACUACUUUAUACCAGCCAUUGUCUCUUAAAAAGUAUGAACAAA